AUGAGGAAAAAUAUUUUAAUUAUUUUUCUACUGAUAACUUUUUUUACAAUAUUUAUAUCGACGGCUGAGAAUAAUUCAAAAAUUCCAGCUGAAGAUAGAGGAAACUUUGAAAUUACAAAAUAUAUUCAAAGUUUCUUAGGCAAAAUUUAUUCAUUCGUAUUUGGAGGACAAAAAAAAAACGAUGAAAAUAAAACCAAUAAUGUAAAUAAUAGAUCGUUAGAAAAUAACAAUUUGUUUGAAGGUGACAUAAUGCUUACCGAAGAACAAGCUGAUGAUAUUGUUGAUAAGGUUGUUGAAAAAGGAGCUGAAGAUGGAAUUGAUAUUUCUAAAGUAUUAGAAAAUGAAACUGAUGUUAGACUAAAAAGAAAAUUAGUUGCUAGUAGAAGUAAUUGGCAAUUUCCAAUUCAAUUUUGGGUAAGAAAUAAUAAUGGAAAAGUAAUCCGUAAUGCAAUAAAAAAAAUUGAACAAAAAACAUGUAUUACAUUUGAAGAAAUUUUUUGGCAACCAUUUGGUAAACCAGGAUUACAAUUUAUUAAUGGACCCGCAUGUUAUAGUUUUGUGGGAAAAAUUUAUAAUGACAAAUUUCAAGAUGUAAGUAUUCCAGCAGGAUGUGAUACACUUGGAAAAGUUCAACACGAAAUUAUGCAUGCUUUAGGAUCAGAACAUGAACAAUGUAGAACUGAUAGAGAUAAAUAUUUAACAAUUAUACCAGAAAAUGUAAAACGUGGAAUGAUGGUUAAUUAUGAUAAAAUUCAAGCUAAUGAUAGCAAAACAUUUGGUAUAAAAUAUGAAUAUGGAUCAAAUAUGCAUUAUCGUGCACGUGCUUUUGGUAUAAAUGAUAUGAUAACUAUGUUACCUAAAGAUGGUCUUUAUAAUAAAACAAUAGGUCAUUUAGGUGGGCUUACUUUUCUUGAUACAAAAUUAUUAAAUCUUCAAUAUUGUUCACAUAUUUGUAAAGAUAAUAUGAAAUGUUAUAAUGGUGGAUAUCAAAAUCCUAAAAGAUGUGGUUAUUGUAAAUGUGUUAGAGGUUAUGGAGGAAGAAAAUGUACUAAGAUUCAAGAAAAUAUAAAUAAAUGUGGACAACAAUUAUAUUUUGUAAAUUCAACUCAACAAAAUAUAAAUGUUAUAGGUGAAAGCAAAUGUCUUUAUCAUUUAAAAGCUAAUUAUGGUAAAAAAAUUAAAAUAGAUGUUACAUACUUGUUUGGAUUUUUAUUAAACGAGAGAUAUACUUGUGAUAAAAAAGAUGCUGUUGAAAUAAAAUACUAUAAAGAUAAAACAUUAACUGGAGCUUUAAUUUGUCAAACUAUGGGCAAUGUUUCUAUUGUAACUGAAAAUAAUCAUGCUAUUAUUCAUGUUAGAAGUGCAGAAGAUUUUAACAAGAUAAAUAUGACUUUUUCACUUUAUUAA